GGCUCUCUCGUCGCGGCGCCGUCAGUGUGCGUGUUACCAACGCAGCCUGCUCCCCGCAAGUCCCCACACCGCUCCCAUUAAUGCGCCUGCGCGAUGCAAGACGCUCCUGGCGACUACUGUGUCGGCCCUCUCAGCAUCCGGGUCCCUAAGCCAGAGGCCUCUUUGUUUACUUUGCUGAGAGGGGCGGGGUUGGCGUCGCUGAAAGGAGCCAGACUGCGGAGCGAGCCGGUUGCCUCAAGAAAGAGCUUGUAGGGUGCACAAACAUGUCUGGAUUCCUGGAGAACAUGAGGUGUUCAGAAUGUGUUGACUGGGGAGAAAAACGAAAUACAAUAGCUUCAAUUGCAGCUGGGGUGCUGUUUUUUACAGGUUGGUGGAUUAUUAUAGAUGCAGCUGUUAAAUAUCCAGAGUCGGGUGACUUCAACCAUUCAUACCAUGCCUGUGGAGUUAUAGCUACAGUUGCAUUCCUAAUGAUCAAUGCAGUAUCCAAUGGACAAGUGCGUGGAGAUAGUUACAGUGAAGGCUGCCUUGGGCAAACAGGUGCUCGCAUCUGGCUGUUCAUCGGUUUCAUGUUGGCAUUUGGAUCUCUGAUUGCAUCUAUGUGGGUCCUCUUUGGAGGCUAUGUUAUUACUGACAAAACAGACAAACUGCCAGUGUAUCCAGGAAUAGCCGUCUUCUUCCAAAAUGCUUUUAUCUUUUUUGGUGGUCUGGUCUUUAAGUUUGGUCGCACUGAAGAUCUGUGGCAAUAAGGGCAUCUCUGCUGUUAGUUUUUUAAAUGACCCACUCCAUUUUGUAAACACUAGUAUCUGAUCAGCAAAGAUGAAAACUGUCCACACUUUUACAAUCAUGACAUAUAUUUCCGUUUUCCUUUCUGUUUGAGAUAGCUUCCUAUUCUUGGCUUUAAAUAUUGUAGCUUGUGACUAAAAUGCAAAACUGACCUUGUAAAAUGCUUUUACUAAAUGUUUUUGUUAUAAAUAUUCAACUAUACAAAUGUGGUGUGUUUGCACAGUGUAAAAGGCUAUUUUUAAAUAUGGAAAUAUUUGACAUUUUGUAUGUAAAGUUUACAGAUGGAAGAUGUUAACUCUGUGUAUAAAACUGUAAUGGAGAUAUGUACUGGAAAAAUUCUUGCUUGUUUGACUAAGAUGGCAGUUUCCCAGCUGUCUUUUGGGUUCCUUAGAAGCUGAUCAGGCAUUCCUCAGAGAGAAGGACAAGUUUCCUUCAGAGAAGGAACAUCAGGGGAGCAUUGGUUAUGUUUUAGGGCACAGCCACACAACUUUGGCCCUCCUGCAAAUGUUGGAAUACAGUUCCCACCAUUCCUGGCUAUUGGCCACUGUUGGUGAGAGAUGAUCUCAAAGAGGAGAGCUGGCCUUGUGGUAACAAGCAUGACUUGUCCCCUUAGCUAAGUAGGGUCUGCCCUGGUUGCAUAUGAAUGGGAGACUAGAAGUGUGAGCACUGUAAGAUAUUCCCCUCAGGGGAUGGAGCCGCUCUGGGAAGAGCAGAAGGCUCCAAGUUCCCUCCCCAAGAUAGGGCUGGGAGAGAUAUUCCUGCCUGCAACCUUGGAGAAGCCGCUGCCAGUCUGUGAAGACAAUACUGAGCUAGAUAGACGAAUGGUCUUGCUCAGUAUAUGGCAACUUUCUGUGUUCCUGUGAUGGAAGUUGUAGUUAAAAAACAGCUGGAGAGCCAAAGUCAUCCUUUAUGGCAUCAUUUUAGUCCAAGUGGGGGAACAAGUGAAGUAUACUGAGGAUGUAUCCCCAGAACACACCCCAGAAUCCUCUGCAGGGCCAGAUUUAGGCACGAGCUAAGUAAGCUACAGCUUAGGGUCUCACAUGAUGAGAGACCCCUGAAUACCAAAAAAAGGUCUGAAUUGCAAGUUUUAAAAAAUUGGUUAAAAAAUAAAGGAGAAGGGGGAAAAGGCUAAAACAGACAUGAUUUUUUAAAAGGACAAAAAUAUAUGUAUAUGGCUACACAAUUAUCCUAUUGAGUUUAUAAAUCUGUGCAGAAAAAACUGAGUUGUAUCAAAAAUUUAUUAGACUAGGUUUAGACCACCGCCCGCCAUCACGGUUACAGGCAGUGUUUGCCUUUCAGAAGAGCACUGCUGUAACCGUGAGCAACACGGCGAGGAGGGUAAGGGGGGCCCUGGGCAGCCUUUGAAGCUUGAUGUAGUUUAGGGCCUCAGCAUGUCAUAAUCAGGCCCUGAUCCUCUGCAGGGUACUCAUCUUUAGUAGAUGAGUCAGUGUGGAAAAUGAAGGGCGAGAGCUUGAAAGCCACAAGGUGAAGUGCUGUGCUUAUGCAAGAAAGGUCCAGUUCAAAAUUAAUAUGUCUCCCCCCCACCCCAGCACCCUCCUUAAAAUCCAAACUAUCCUCUAAGUCACAACAAGAAUGUGCAUUACUGGAGUGAAUGUGAUAAGAUUCACUUAUCACUGCAAACAAAUCUUUAACAAGGAAGAGCAAACACAGAACUUUGGGUGGUUUUAAUAAAGCAGAUAUUAAACCUCAUUUUUACACUGUCUUAUGGCCGCAGGUGGAAAGUGAUUCUUUCCAGUGUCUCGUUGGCUGCAGUCUGGAUAUGUGUAUUCAGUAGCCAGCAGCUAAAUGGGGGAACUAGAAAUGAAAGUAUAGUGUUGCAUGAGAAAACAAAUCUUAAAUAGUCACACAGAACAUUAAAAAAAAACACCUUUACUUUUUUUUAGGGAUCCUGAUUCUUCACACUACAUUCCUACAGGUAUUUACUAAGGGUCAGACUAGAUGUGACAUGGGUGACCCAUGAUCAGAUUUCCAAAAGUCUUUUCCUUUGGUUAAAAGCUGAUCUAGUGGGGUGGGCAGUUUGGAUUAGGACCACAGUGCUAGGGGAGGGGAAGUUUCUCUCCCUGUGCCAUUUCCACAAGUUGAAUCUCUCACAUGCAUGUCAAAGCUACUAUUAGCGAUGCUAGGGGGGAAAUACAGUGGAAUGGGGGGGGGUCCCUCUUGCCCCCCUCCCUGGGCAAUUUGUUUGUAUAGCACUUCAUACAAUUAUAAAUGUUCCCCAAUUUAUAUUGACCCUUCUCUUAUAAGGCUCUUGAGAUGCAUCUGCCAUUGUACAGACACAGAACAGAACACACUAGGACUCUUCUCAUGUUCCUGAGUCGGGUCCUAUCCAAGUUUGGGAGCUGUGUGCACUCCUGUUGCUCUCCCGUUUUCCAAUCGGUAAAAAGCAAGAUAGGAGGGGGAGGAUGAGAUCAUCUGCUAAGCAGCUGCUGAGUUGGAGGGCUUUCCGUCCUACCUUGUUAAGCAGCUGCUGGAUAGGACAGAGCCCUCUGACCCACCAGCUGCUUAGCAGACAAUCACUUCCUCCUCCUCCUACCUUACUCUUUACUUAGAUGACUGGAAAACGGAAGCACACACAGCUCCCAAAUCUGGAUAGGACUUGUCCCCUACCCUCAUUAGAAUUGUGUAAACCCGGCCUACUGACUUGCUGAGUCCACCCUAGUGAAUGCAUAGCUAAGUCAAGCUAAGAAUCUGAGCCUUCUAGUCCCAAGCUCCAAAAAUCUUGGCUCCGAAAUGCAUUGGUACUGAAAAUAUUGGCCUACGUUUGUAUAUAUCCCAAACAGGAUUCAUAGAUUCCUUUUUAAGUCAAUUCACACAACCCCAUUUGAGCAUAUGAUUGCCAUCUCCAAGUAUCUGAAGUGCUGACACACAGAUGAAGGAGUGGCCUAGUUCUCUGUUGCUCCUGAGGGUGGGCCAGUGGGUUAAAACAAGAAAGCAGAUCCAAGCUAGAGAUCAAGAAGAAUGUCCUAAAACGUCAGAGCUGUUUGACAGUGGAAACGUCUGCCUCAGCCAGUGGUGGACUCUCUCAUUGGAGGUUUUCAAACAGAGGUUGGACAGCUGGCGGUCAGGAUGCUGUAGCAGACCCUUUCACUGAGCAGGGAGUUAGACAUGGAGGCCUCCCAGGUCCCUUCUGACUCUAAAAUUCUGUGGUUCAAUGAGGUCAUUCACACAAUCGAAAACUCUGUCCUACCUGGGUUUGGGAGCUUUGUGUGUGCUCCCAAUUUUUGGUUGUGUGGAAGCAAGCUAGGAGGGAAAGCUGGGUAGAAGUAAUUGUGUGGAAGCAAGGUAGAAGGAAAAGCUACCGAGCUUUCCCUCCUAGCUCUUACAAAUAAUGAGGGAGAUUUAUUUAUUUUUUGAGGUGCUCUAGAGCAGGGAUUCUCAACGUUGGGUCCCCAGAUGUUAUUGGACUUCAACUCCCAUAACCUCCAGCCCCAGUGGCCUUUAGUUGGGGAUUAUGGGAGUUGAAGUCCAAUAACAUCUGAGGACUCAACGUUGAGAAUCCCUGCUCUAGAGCACAAAGGCACCUGUUUCUAACAGCCCUCAGGGGUUUAAUCAGUUUAGGGCUGGCAACUUGACCAACGAAGCACAUGUGUAAGGAGGCUUUGCGGGAAUCCAUCAGGCACCCUAUGCCGCUCCCUCAAUCAUCCUACGCAUGUACUGUUGUGCCAGAGGGCUAAGACUUCCAGGCGCUGCAGAAGCACUUUGCAAGGUUGGAAACCUGUCGCUGGUCCUCACCAACAGGUUUCCUGUCUUGUAGAGUGCUUUCAGGGUGCAUCCAAUGCUCAGAAGUCUUAGUCCUCUGGUGUAACAGCAUCUGCAUAGGAGGACUGAAUGAGAUGCACACAGGCUUCCAGUGCAUCCAUGCAGAGCCUCCUUAUGCAAAUGCUUUGUUCGGAUGUCAGCCAGGAAAUACAAGAUACCUAGUCCUUUGUAUAAACCAGUUGUAUAGCUCUUGGAAUUACGUUUUAUGAGUUAUAAGGAAUUGCACCGUUUUGUCAUGUAAUAUGUUGUUAUUCAAUAAAAAAAUAUUGGGGGGGAAUGCACCGUCCUUGUUUGAA